GGCCUGAACAUGGCGCCUCAGAGAGUAGCCUGAUUGUCGUCAACCGGUGUCGGUAAACAGAACCGUGAAAGGACGCGGACAGUGACAGGAGGAUGAAACUGUUGCUUGCAGUAAUUAAACAAACACAGAGACAGGUUGUUUGCGUUGUUCGCGGGUGUGGGCUGAGCUCCUGCGCCGCCAGCGGGCCGUCCCCGCUCCGGGCGGAGGUCAUGGUGGCGUCCAGCCGCGAGCUGCUGCAGACGGUCGGCUCGCAGGUGGAGGUGAGGACGGCCUUCCUCUCCGCCCAGGAGGAGGCUGCUUUCCUGCAGGAGCUGGAGCCAGGGCUGAAGAAGAAACGAUACGAAUUCGACCAUUGGGACGAUGCCAUUCACGGCUAUCGAGAGACUGAGCGUGUGAGAUGGGGGGCAGCGUGUGAGGAGAUCCUGAACCGCGUCAGAACGGAAGCGUUUGCUGACGGUCGCAGCGUCCUCGGCCCAGUGCACGUUCUAGACCUGGACAAAACUGGCUACAUCAAGCCCCACAUCGACAGUGUGAAGUUUUGUGGCAGCACCAUUGCUGGGUUGAGUCUUUUGUCAGACUGUAUCAUGCGUCUAGUGAAGGAGGAUGCCCCCAACGAAUGGCUGGACCUGCUUUUACCCCGACGCUCCCUCUACAUACUUCGGGACCAGGCCAGAUAUCGCUUCACUCACGAGAUCCUGAAAGAUGAGGAGUCGGUGUUUAAUGGACAGAGAGUUCCUCGGCAGCGUCGGAUAUCUGUCAUCUGUCGUGACCUUCCGGUGUAACGCCUGCAUCGUCUCAGUGCGGACACGAACCAAACUCAAGGGAUUGCGCAAAUGACCUCCAUCGAGAUUUCAACGCCACAAAAUCUGCUCUAAUAGACCCAGCAUAUUUUACAUCACAUUGUUUCUCUCACAGUUCAGUGAAUAAGCAUCUUGAGACUUUUUAAUUGAAAUACAAUUUACAAUCUUGCAAGAGACGUUUAGUUUUGGAUUGAACAUCAUUAGCACACACUGCUGAACAGGAUGUCAGCCAAAAUCCUUUUGAAUAUUGUUUAUACAUAAGUUGGAUCAGCUUUAAAAUGCCAAGAUUGUGUUUAUUAACACCACUUUGAAGUGUUACUCUGUUUCUGUGUCAUACAGGCUGUUUGAAGCAUUUCAAGUGUACUUUAAAAAUAAUGAAAGUGAACUUGGAGGGUGCUGACAGCUGUGACUGGUUCAGCAUGUGAAGAGUAAACAGAUAUAUGACAGAUUGUUAAUAAAUAUGAGAAAUAAUAUAUCUCUAAA